AUGUUGGAUUUGAUAGCCGACAUCCAUGAUUAUAACAAUAGUGAUAACGAUAAGAUUAUCGUUCAGACAGCACACCUGAUCAUUUCCAUCGCUCAUUUGAGCUUCAUGCUCGUAUACAAAUGGGAGGUAUACCUAGACAAUACACAAAUGGCGAAUCAAUGUCUGAGUUCAAAGUUGGAAAUUGCACUUACAAAUGCCACAAAUUUCAUAGCUUGA